CCGUUUCUUUCUCAGCACCUUUCCACACCCCUUCUCUCGCUCCGUCAAAAACAGAAACGGAGAGGCGCCGUUUGUCCGUCGCGACGAACGCCGGCGUCCUCCGUUGCUCCAAUUCCUUCACAAGAGAAUCCCCCAAAUACCCUUCACCCCCGCAAGCAGAUCUCCCCAUCUCCUCUGGGCAUUCCCGUCAUUUCUCCAAACCCUAGAUCGAGGAAGAGCAGAAGCCCCUAACAAUGCGACGAUCGUACAUCUCGCUCCCCAUCAUCGUCGUCCUGUCGACGAUUUUCUUGCUGUAUUACCUGAUGAUGUUCUUCGUGAUCGAUGAAUGGCUGGGAUUGAAGACAUCGCAGGGCCUCUUCAACGCGGUCGCGCUGACCGUCUUCGUGUGCAUGUCGCUCUCCACCUACGCAAUGGCGAUCGUCCGUGACCCCGGGCACGUGCCACCUUCAUUCAUGCCGGAUGUUGAGGAUCCCGACAGCCCUCUCCACGAAAUCAAGAGGAAGCGGGUUUCAUACCAGGGUGGCGAUCUGAGAUACUGUCAGAAGUGUUCCCACUACAAGCCUCCUCGUGCUCAUCACUGUCGUAUUUGCAGAAGAUGUGUUUUGAGAAUGGAUCACCAUUGCGUCUGGAUAAACAACUGCGUGGGGCAUGCAAAUUAUAAGAUUUUCUUGGUUUUCGUUUUGUAUGGUGUAAUCGCUUGCAUCCACUGCACGAUCCUUCUUGUGGGGAGUGUGCUAAACAAUGUACACACGGACCCAAGUGGAGGCUCGUACAAAUUUGUAUAUAUCAUUAGUGGAGUGCUGCUGUUUCCCUUAACUGCAGCACUGACUGUCCUCCUGGGCUGGCAUGUUUACCUUCUCCUAUCAAAUAAGACUACCAUCGAGUAUCAUGAAGGAGUGAGGGCAAUGUGGCUAGCAGAGAAAGUGGGUAACAGUUAUCGUCAUCCAUAUGAUCUUGGUGCAUAUGAAAACCUUGUAUCAGUGUUGGGCACAAACGUGCUGACCUGGCUAUGUCCCACCUCAAGUCACACUGGUUCAGGUCUCCGCUUCCGUACUUCUUUUGACAGCACGCACUCUUCGUCACCCAGGGGGCAUGUUUGAGGUAAGGCAGGUAAGUAUCCACUUGGUGUGGAGCGGUCAGUUGCUACUUGUAGAAAAAGAGAGACGAAACCCGUGAAGGUGGUCCGUUUCGGGUUGCAGGCUCUACUGUAAAUUACUUUUGGGCGGGGCUCAUGAUGAUGACUGACUGACGGUCAGUAGUUGUUUAUUACACAUUUACCGAAUUGUAGAGGAGUUGAAAGAGGAGAGCUAGCGUAGUUGUUAUACACAGGGAGAGCUGAUCCUUCAUACUACUUCGUUGUAAGCAUCAAUUGCAAGGCUUCCUUUUAUAUGGAUUUUUUUUCUUC